GGCCGGCCGGGCGGAGGGGCCGCGGCGCUGACCAGCCCGAGCGCACCUGGCACCCGCGCGCGCCGGCUCAGUGUCCGGCUCCAGCUCGGCCCCGGGCAGCGCGGCGCGGCGUGGGGGGCUGUCCUCCUCCCGACCAGCGACAUGGUGAUCAGAGUCUUCGUGGCCACAUCCUCCGGGUCCAUCGCGAUUAGGAAGAAGCAGCAAGAGGUGGUGGGCUUUCUGGAAGCGAAUAAAAUCGACUUUAAGGAGUUAGACAUCGCCGGAGACGAAGACAACAGGAAAUGGAUGAGGGAGAACGUCCCUGGAGAGAAAAAGCCGCAGAACGGGAUCCCUCUGCCGCCCCAGAUCUUCAACGAGGAGCAGUACUGUGGGGAUUUUGACUCCUUCUUCUCUGCAAAAGAAGAGAACAUUAUCUAUUCGUUCCUGGGAUUGGCUCCCCCUCCUGGCUCAAAGGUGACAGAAUCCCCCGAGGGAGCAUCUUCACUUCCCAACGGUGAUGUAGAGGGAGAGGCACAGGGUACCACGGAGGGAACAGAGAAUGUUGAAGAAAGUGGAGAAAAUGAGGCAGAAAAAGAAGAUAAAGAAGAUGCAGGCGACCUCGCCGAGUCCCAAGAGAAGAAAGAUGAAGAGGGCGAGGAGGCCACAGCUGCAGAGGGCGAGACGGCUGAGGGGGAGGUAGAGGAAGUCACUGAGGAGGAGGGAGCCGAGGGGGAAACUGAGGAAGGAGCAGAAGAGGAAGGAGAAAAGGAAGAAGAUUCCUAGCCCUGUGCUUUCCAGAACCCCAGGACCCGAGGCAGCAGCCAGACUCUCCCCACGCGACUUCAGCAGCGUGCUGGGACCCGAAGCUCGCCGUCCCCUCUCUGCCCGCCUGGGGCUCCCCGGGAGCCUGUGCCCGAAGCCCCUGCAGUACAGAGCUGACUGUGAAGACCCUUCGCGGACGCCUCGGUACCUGAUGAUUCUGACCUUUGCUUUAAAAACAAUUUUUUUGUUUGCUUUGCAAUCAACAAACCUUCUUACCCCGAAAUAAUGAUUUCAAAAUAUAGAGCUCCUUAUGGUAUAACAAAUGUCUCCCUGUCGGCUCCCCCCCCCCCCCCCGCCCCCGGCCUUAAUGUGCCUUAGGUUACUUGUCUCUGAAUUAACUUUGAACAGGGAGAACUUUCCAGAAUCUGAUCGCACAAAUAAAGAUCAAUAGCCCA